AUGCCGAGUGUAGAUGAAUGGUUUACCUCUGUUCUCAAUCCCGGCCAUUGGGAGGAAUGCGGACCAUACCUUGAGGCUUAUGAUUGCGCCGGCGACCUGGGCUUUGGGCGUGCCGAUGCCGGCGGGAAUAGUAAAUUCUACCAUCCCAGCGGCAUGCCGAGCAAUGGAACGAAAACCCUGUCCAACUUAGGCGGCAUCGUCUCCACCCUUGUCAGUGGUGAUACUUUCUGA